AUGGGCAGAGAUGGUCUGCGUAGAUCUAUCACUCUAGCUCUGAAGCAUGUAGGCUUCGAUUCGGCCAGGGAGGAGGCACUAGAAAGCUUCACAGAGAUGGUUGAGACUUACAUGGACGGCUUCAUUCAUCAGCUCAAGCGAGUUGCCCACGGUGCUCGAAGAUCAGACCCCAUUCCCACCGACUACGAGGCUGCUCUACGUUACCAUAAUCUCCCCUUAUCUUCUCUUAAGCCACACCUCAAGAACCCCGUCCCCAAACGGUUACUAGAACCAACCUUCUAUGACCCUAUCGUCGAGAACACAACGUAUCUGCAAAGUACACCACCUGUCCUGGGCGACGAGUUGGAUGGCAAAUACGAAAAGGAAGAGAGGCCUUGGAUUCCGAAGCAUUUCCCCAGCUUCCCCAGCAAGCACACUUAUCGAUACACACCUGCCGAGUUGCCUGCUAAGGAUACGCCCAAGAAGAGAGCCGAGGCACUAGCAGAUGCUAGGAAGGCUGAGCAGGCACUGAGACGUAUCAACCGGGCAGCUAAGAUCACACGGCAGAAGGAGCUCAAGGAAAGGGCACAACGCGAUGUCUUAGCCAAACAGCGACAUGAAGCAUGGGAAGGUCUCAUUCAAAGCGUAUUGCCGAGGAAACGCGCUGCCGACGGGGCUACAGAUAUUGCCGAUCAUAGCACGAUUGUCAAUGCUAACGCCAAGUAUGGUCGUAAGGAACUCCCAAAGGCAAACAGACGCUCUGUCUUGGAAGGCAUUAAUGGGCAGCAACUGAUUCUCAAGGGAACCCUAGAGGGCCACAACCCCAACAUGCUCCUGUCUGCCAGUCGUGACAAGACCCUGAUCGUCUGGAACCUGACCCGUGACGAGUCGCAAUACGGAUACCCCAAGCGAUCGCUACACGGCCACUCCCACAUCGUUUCCGACUGUGUCAUCUCCUCUGACGGUGCCUACGCCUUGUCUGCUUCAUGGGACAAGACUCUCCGCCUCUGGGAGCUCGCCAGCGGCAACACCACCCGCCGAUUCGUUGGCCACACCAACGAUGUCCUAUCCGUUUCCUUCUCCGCCGACAACCGACAGAUCGUUUCCGGUUCGCGUGACCGCACAAUCAAGCUCUGGAACACACUCGGCGACUGCAAAUACACCAUCACCGACAAGGGUCACUCUGAGUGGGUUUCUUGCGUGCGAUUCAGCCCCAACCCUGGCAACCCUGUCAUCGUUUCCAGCUCUUGGGACAAGCUUGUCAAGGUUUGGGAACUCUCUACCUGCAAGCUCCAGACCGACCACAUCGGCCACACCGGCUACAUCAACACCGUCACCAUCUCCCCUGAUGGAUCUCUCUGCGCCUCUGGUGGCAAGGACGGUACCACCAUGCUCUGGGAUCUCAACGAGUCCAAGCACCUCUACUCGCUAAGCGCAGGUGACGAGAUCCACGCUCUCGUCUUCUCCCCCAACCGCUACUGGCUCUGCGCUGCCACUGCCAGCAGCAUCAUCAUCUUCGAUCUUGAGAAGAAGAGCAAGGUUGAUGAGUUGAAGCCCGAAUUCACCUCAGUUGGUAAGAAGAGCCGGGAGCCUGAGUGUGUAAGCUUGGCCUGGAGUGCAGAUGGUCAGACUUUGUUUGCUGGUUACACUGACAACAUCAUCCGUGCAUGGGGUGUAAUGUCAAGAGCAUAA